AUGUUGCUUGGUUUAUUUGAGUCCAGUGCUGUAUGGAAACAAGGCGAAGAGCAGGGAAAAUGUGGGUUCCGUGCGGAGGAUCGACGUGGGUCCAAGUUGAUCGGCGUCACUGAGCUGCCAUUCCUCCACUUCCCCCAGGAACCCCCAGGACGCGUUGCAACGCGUGGGUCGGCACACAAAAACCCUGAUUAUUUCAUCCUCAUUUUGACCAUGGAGCAGAAACUACCACAGGGUCUGGUGACAAUAUCCAGCAUCUCCCCUGCGGAGAUGUCGGGACCUGAACAGUUGGACAACUCGGUCAUCAAGAAUUUAUGGCAAGUAUAUUAUCUCUCACGGCAGGCCAGCAACGAUCAAACCGAGAACAGGCUGGAGUAUCUCUUUUGGAGGAUCUGGGGAAAUGCGCAUCUCUUGAGGAGCAUCGACGUGAAGACUUUGGACCGUCUGGUGAUGGGCAUAAUGGCGGAGCAGGCAUUCAAUCAACCAGCCACCGGUUUUUUGGCGAGGACAAAGCAGGAAAGGCUGCCUGUCAUCGAGACCAACAACUCUCUCCACUCUAUCCUCAAAAAGCCAAAGACCCCGCAAAGCGAGCCACAGAAGACAACGCGCCUCCUCAUCGAGACGCCGGACGGGGAAAGCAUCACUCGCAACCCGUCCAACCCACUCACUCCAAGCAUGCCAGAUUUCCACACCAAGGACAAUCCUGCGAAGGCGCAGGGCCACAAAACCUACUUCACAGCCCCCCGUAAUGGGAAGGGCACAAAACGUCGCCCCCAGUUCCCACGCCGCAAGCCAUCGCAGGUCUCUAUCCCCAAGUCAUCACAAGCAGCCGCCCCCAAAUCUCUUUCUCCUAAACAGCGGAAUGGUCACGCAGCAUCACCCGAGCAAUUGGAAGAAGUGUCCGAGGACGACGAAUCAGCCGAUGCACAGAAAACUGAGGAUAUGGAGUUUCCGUUCGAGCCAUUUGAGCCUCUUUGCGAGGACGAGCCCGCCCAAGGAACACAGCUCACCACCCCUUCAGAAAAGUUCAUCAGCACCAGCUGGACGGGAGUGAACUCGAUUGGAGUGCCCGUGCCCGUGCCCGAGCUGCACAGUCAGCUGGGGACACCUCAAGACGCCGGCCUCGCCUCCAACAAACUAAACCCAUCUACCCAGCAGGCGAUCAGCCCCGCAGUUUUUACAAUCACCGACAAACAGGACCCCAUCCUAUCCCAGGAACUAGAAACGGUUGGUGAUGGCCCCAAAUCACAGGAAGAAGCGACCACUGAGCCCCAAACCCCCAGGUCCUCUGAGCAGCCCGUGCUCCCCAUUGAGUGCCUCGUGGCGCAAGCCACCGAUGUCCCCGGUUUCCCCGGUGCACAGUACCUCCCCAUGCCCGAAGAGAUGCUCAACUAUCUUGCUGCCAUUAUCACCGAACCCGAACCUCUCCCUAAACACACUCUGAUCCCCGUCACUCGCUGGUUCCGAUUCGGGAGUACCUGGGUUCCGCUUCAUCCACGCCAUUACGUGAGUGAUCUUGAGAAGGUAAUCAACGAGCCCUCUCCGCUUCAGCAGCCCUCGACAAAGCCACUUGUGAGGAAGGGGUUCCGGACACGGUUUGCAAAUGCGCAGAAACGGUAUUCUGCGACGACUCUUGCUACUAUAAUCAAUCCAGGGAAAAAGAAUGAUGAGUGGCAGGACGAGCCUGAUGUUCUUGCUCUGGAUUUCAAGACAUGA